AUGCACGUUAACGCUGAACCGCAAGAGAAUUCUAGUUCGGAUGCACAGAAUUUGACAGACAUUAACGCUAGACAUGAAAUUGAAGAAAACGAAAGAAGCAGUGAAGAAAACACUGACGAAAAAAGUACUGACGAAAAAUUCACUUCUGAAAAAAACAGAGACGAAAAUAACACUGAAGAAACAAAAGCUGAACAGAGUCAAAAUAAUGAAUAUAAAUUUCUUGGAAAAUAUGUUUCUCAACAUACUUUAUUUAAGCUAGAAGAAUACUGGGAAAACGUUAAAGCAAUCCCAAAACCUAAAAUCGCUUUGAUACCUAUAAUUGGAUUGUUUUCAUUCUAUUUUAUUUCAAUGAUUUUUGGCAUACUUUACUUUCCAGCUACAGAUCUAAUCUGUAAUCAUACCCCUUAUUCUGAAUUGGUUUUUUCAUUUUGUAAAUUAGCUAUUCCCAACUUUUCUGCUAUUGUCGACGCGCAAAUUGAAGCGCAAGAACGGCUUUUGAAACAGGCGGCAGAACUUGAUGCAGAAGGUUCAUUAGCUCAUGAUAUUAAAAGAGCCGAAUUAGCGACAAAAGACUUAAUGUUAAUCGUUAAAUAUUCUGAUUUAAAAUCCAAAGAAAUUUUAUCUCUAAAAUUGAAAGAAUUCGCAGAUACAAGUUUUGAAGCAAAUAGUGAUCUUCAAACUUUACAAAUUAGAGCUCAAACUUCUUUGGAUAACACAAUAACUUAUAUUUCAUAUACUUUGAAGACUAUUGAAGAUUUCAGUGGAAAAAUUAUUAGUCCAAGACAAGAAAGAGAUUUGAAUAAACAUCAUGAUAUGCUUAUGAAAUUGACUGAUGAUGAUCUUCGAAAACUUAUUGUAGCUACAGACAAUACAUUGAACAUACUCAAAAAGCUCGAUGUAAUUCAAGAUGGCAUUCGCGAUAUUACCGGUCAAGAAGAAUCGUUACAACAAAUGAGUGAAGCGGAAUUGCUUUCCGAACUUUGGUCGAUUCUUGGUGGUAACCAUGUAGAAAAAACAAUUUUCAAGAAUAAUCUAAAGUUACUUAAAAAUCUCGAUAAUAAAAGAAAGGUUGCGGUUGAAAGAAUCUCUUUGAUCAGUGGAUAUCUUAUUAAAUUCCAACAACAAUUAGGAUUUUUACGCGAAGCAACGGUGUUACGUCUUUUGGUUGAUAUUCCUCUUGAAAUCCAUCUAACGAAUAUGAAAAAGGCUUUAAUGAGAUUACAAAAUAAUGAAAUUACCGCUGGUGUAAAAGCAAAAAUGGAUAAAAUCAACGAAAGAGUUAUUCAUGCAAUUUAG